AUUUUAAAACAAAAAAAAAUGAAGUUAUUUUUUUAAUGAAAAUUUAUAUGUAUUAAAACGAUAACAAUGACAAAUUAUUUUUCGAAAAGUCGAAAAAGUCUGAAAAGCCCUAUAGCCCUAUAAGGACCAGGUCAUGCUUUGAAUUCUAGGUCCAAAAUAUUUUCGGACCGGACCGGACUCAAAUAUUUAUGGGCUUUGCGGGUUUGGGCCGCGCCGGGCUGGGCCAGCCCGAAUUGACACCCCUAGGUAACACUCGAUUUUUUUUUUUGAACAACCGAUUAAUAUUUAAAAGGAAAUAGGUUUAUAGACCAGGGCCCAGAUACAGAGAUAAGCAGGCUUUAGGCUUUAGCAAUAGUGUUCCGUUACUAGUGCGGGGAACGAAAUUGAAACAACAAAGAAGAAAAGUCGAAGCCGGAAAGAAAGCCAGAGAUUCGACGUCCGAAAGUACUCCAAAGAGGCCCAAAGGUCUUCUUCCUGUGGUGAUUGCUCUGACGAUCAUUUGAGAAUCUAUUCUAAGACAGAUUUGAGUGAGAUUGAAGGAGACGGCAUGGAUUAGAGUUUCUCUUACCGUUAGAGCCUCCGCCAUGAGAGCCAAGGAGACGUGCGGCUGCACGCUCGAUCCUCUUGCGAGUUCUUGAACAUUGAGGUCCGUGAAGAUCCAUCUUAAGCCCGCUGAUUUCAAUUUUGUGUGAUCUGUGUCGCAGUAGAUCAAUGUUGCGGGCGUCUCGGUCGGUUGGGUCUGUAUAACAAAAAAAAAUCAUUGGGGGUAUCUUACUAUACUAAAAGCCCGAUAUACAGAGCAGAGAGCACGACACGUAGGAUAGUUAAUUCAGGCCAAUCAGGAACAUGUAUUUUGUCACGUCACAAUCGCUGGAUAUUUUGUGUGGGUUAUGUAAAUUUUUUUAUUCGGCCCAUCUCCAUCUCCAUCUCCACCCCCAAAACCUUUUUCGUGCCAAGUUUUGCAAUUCUCUUCUCUCGGACUCUUCCAGUUCGUCUUCUCCAAAUCCUGAGUUCAUGCCCUAACGUCCUUAGAUCUCAUGUUCUUGAAGUCUCAUCUGGAGCCGACAUAGUUGAGAGUGUCAACACUUACGCUCGCCGGAGAGGGAGAGGUGUCUCCGUGCUCAGUGGUAACGGCACGGUGGCUAACGUCGUUCUCCGUCAGCCGGUGACGAUUCAUGGGAAUAAUUGCGGAACUGGAACCGGAGUUGGAGGGGUUGUGACUUUACAUGGAAAGUUUGACAUAAUUCCAUCACUGGUACGGUGCUUCUGCCGGGAUCAGGUGGGUUGUCAAUCAUUGUUGUCAAUCAUUUAAGAUCAUCAUUCAUUGAUGAGCAAGCUCGUAGUACCUUCGUUAGGUUAGAAUCUCAAAACACUAUAUUGGUUUGUAUGUUUCAGCUAAGUUGAAACCAAACUCGAGGUUUACACUCUUGCAGACUGUUUUGGUACUAUCUUCUGUUCGAGGUUUACACUCUUGCAGGAAUGGUGAUCCCACCAAACUCGAGAGGUAUCACGAUCGGAGACCUUGGUUCUAUCGUGGUAUUAAUAAUUCUGGGCUUGAAUUUUAGGUUUAUGUGCUUUCCGGAGGCGUUUUAUGUUUACCGCAACAUGAUCGACACUAAUACUUUCAUCAACUUGAUUUCUCUGAUUGGGCUGCUUGAAUGUUUCCUGCACGAUUGGGAUUUCAAGUUACCGGGUGGAUCCAGUGUCAAGGAUGAAGAGGACAGUCUAAAGAGGACGGUAAAGGAGACUUUGGAGAAAGAUUUCUGGGAUAGUGUGAUGGAAUCAAUGAAACUAGAGGAGCCUGACUAUAGCUGCAUCUCUAACCUUAUGAGAGAAGUGAGGGAAGAGCUUUGCCAGAUGGUGCAUGAUAGCUGGAAAGUGGAAAUAACUGAAAGUAUUGAUCUUGACCUUCUCUCACAGUUGCUUAACUCUGGCACCUUGGAUAUUGAUUACCUUGGAAAGAUGCUUGAGUUUGCAUUAGCUACUCUUCGGAAACUCUCGGCUCCAGCCAAUGACCGUGAGAAUGAAAGCACCCACCAGAGUUUACUGGAGGAAUUUCACAGGUUGUGUCAAGCUAAAGAUGAGUCUGGUAGCCUCCAUGCUGUUGCAAUUGUCAAGGGGAUCCGCUUCAUUCUUGAGCAGAUUCACGACCUUAAGUGAGAGAUAGGCAUUGGGCACAUUUUAUAGGAGUUCUCCUGGUGAUGCUGAAGCGUGAGUUUGCUGUCAGUGUCUUUAAUCUUAACAUCCUCUUGGAGGGUUUAUGGAAGAAUCUGGAAUACGGCAAGAAUGUUACUUUGCUACCCAAUAGAGUGAGCGUUGCUAUGUAAAUGCAAGCUGAAGCUAAACGUAAAAAGAGAACCCAAACUCUUGAGUCUUAAGGGGAACACCAAGCCCAUAUCAACAUCACUGAUAGUAAGAAAAGUUCUGCAAUCUUCGUAUCAGAAGCUGCAAAGAAAUAGUAAGCCAAUCGAGCAUCAUGUUUGUAUUAACUAUUUAGUUAGAAUGAGCACAUUAUAAUAAGAUGUCAAGCCAUUCUUCGUUGUUAUAUCACAACAUUUCUUUUCUUUAAAAAUAAUUAAAUUAAAACGGCCACCACUGCUAUUAGUCUUUAUACGUGUGACCAAGUAGAUUUCACUAAAAUGUUUUUAUUUUCUUUUUCUAUUACUAGCUUAAUUGGGUUUCUUUGUUGUCUAUUGGUGUAUAAGAGGCAUUUUCUCUUGAUUGCAAAAAAAAUUCUUGAGAGAUUCCAAGUUGGGAUCUGGACCUCUGCUUAGGGUUUAGUCUCAUGAUUUUUCAUCUUUAUAAGUACAUAUUAGUUUUGAAAAAUUAAUUUUCAAAGCUUAUAGUACGUUGAUUGAUUUUUUUCAUGGUUCUAAGUUAUGACUGGUAUAUAUAUGAUAUAUGUAUGCAUAUACAUACUCUCUCUUAUACUCUUUGUUAUAGGGUCAAAACAGUGUUCCUACAUUGGAUUCAAUACACUAGAGCACAUUGGUAGACUUCUACUCUUCAAUGUUCUCUUAAAUUUUUCAGAGGUUCAAAGAGUUCUGUGCUUAACACUAUAUCCACUGAUGAUGAACCUUACAGUGGUCUUCCUAAUCCAGUAAAGUAAUUCAAUCUCUUUAACAUUGUCGUUUAUAUGUUUAUGUGUUCCUCCUAACUUCAACUGAUCUUGCCGGGCAAUGCAUGCAUGACAAUACAUGAGUGCUUCCAGUGACUUACAGUCCUACACACAAAUGACAAUUUUCUUGGCAAGAAAUGAAUUUUUAACAUUUGAUGUCUAUCUCUUAUCUUAUGCUAAGUUUUUUGUUGCUGUGAGUUGACUAGUUUGAUUUGGUUAGCCCCCGCAGGAGAAUUAUGUUCUUACUUGGAUGAUCUUGUGAAAUUAUUGGUUAUUCAGGCUUACAUAAGAGAGUGUUCUUUUGGACAGCCGAAGAUUGAUUCAUCUCAUCCCGACUGGUCUUUCUACUAAGAAAACUGAACAAACCCGUGAAUCUUUUAGAUUAAUUUUGUUAGCAACAACAGACGUACAUUUUAUCAAGAAGAUCAUUGAACAGUAAAUAUCAUCUAGCUAGCAUCAAUGGAGUAUUGACACUAUUUUCAAGAUUGCCAUUGGAGAAACAGAUCCACAAAAUUGUUUCGUCUCCUCACCACUGCUGUUUUCUCCUAAUGAAUUUAAUAGAAUUUUCUCUCAUAUAUUCAAACUUUUAUCGUUUUGUGGUUUUCUUUUUCGACAACAAUGUUUUGUGUUUGAUUAAUAAGAAGAAUUUCAUUUCA